UACAUGUGUACUAAUGUUUUCCUUUUCCAUUUCUUUCAGUAUGGAAAUUUUGCUUUUCCAUUUGUAUUUAUUUGUUACUGUUAAAACAACUUUAUAAUUAAACAUGGGUAAACUCGACGUUGUUAUACUCCGGUACUUGACCAGUGAAGACUUUCGUGUUUUAACUGCGGUGGAAAUGGGAAUGAAAAAUCAUGAAUUAGUACCCGGGUCACUGGUAGCAUCUAUUGCCAAUCUUCGUCAUGGUGGUGUCCACAAAUUAAUGAAGGAAUUGUGUAAACAUCGACUCUUAACCUACGAGCGUGGUAAACACUAUGAUGGUUACCGACUGACCAACAGUGGCUAUGACUACCUCGCACUCAAAGCCCUCACCAACAGGAAGGUUAUUGCUUCAUUUGGUAAUCAGAUUGGAGUUGGCAAAGAGUCAAAUAUUUAUACAGUAGCUGAUGAAGAUCGCAAUCCGUUGUGUUUGAAGCUUCACAGACUUGGCCGAACAUGUUUCCGGAACAUUAAAGGCAAGCGGGACUACCACGCGCACCGUAACAAGGCCUCCUGGCUCUACCUGUCCCGAAUCUCAGCCACAAAGGAGUUCGCCUACAUGAAGGCGCUGUAUGACAGAGACUUCCCUGUGCCGAAGCCGAUAGACUUUAACCGACAUUGUGUUGUGAUGGAGCUCGUAAGAGGGGGGCCAAUGACCCACGUAACAGCGGUGGACGAUCCCGAAGUCCUGUACGACGAGCUGAUGAACCUGAUCGUACGACUUGGCAACUGCGGCGUCAUACAUGGCGACUUCAACGAGUUCAACAUCAUGAUCACCGAAGAGGGCCACCCCAUCAUCAUAGACUUCCCGCAAAUGGUGUCUACUUCACACCCCAAUGCUGAACUAUACUUCGACCGUGACGUCAGAUGUAUCCGGGAAUUUUUCAAGAAGCGUUUCGGGUACGAGAGCGAGGUAUACCCGAAGUUCAGUGACUUAGAGCGAGACGACGAGCUCGACACGGAAGUCGCUUGCUCUGGGUAUAAGCGAGCCAAGGAUGUAGAUGAUGAAUUGCUUGAGGAAAUGGGCAUUGGAUUAGCUGUGAGCGAUGAUGAAGGGAGCUCCGAUGGUGAACCUGAAGAAUCAGAACGGAGUACUCAAUACACCGAUGAAGAAUUGGCUGCUCUGAGACAGGAGGUCGAUAAAUCAAUAAUAAAUGACGAAAAACAACCACAUAUUGAACAUGUAGUUGACAAAACUGUAAAACUCAAUGUCAAAGAUGAUAAAAGUGAGGAAGAAGUACCCAAUCUGGUACCAGCGGAGACUCGUUUAGAAGAAGAAGACAAUAUUGCAGAGCUUGAUAGAACCUCACAGAAGUAUAGAUUAGCUAUGAUAGAGAAAGCAUUGUCAGAUGUUAGAUCUCAGCGCUCCUAUACGUCGGCGAGUACGAUAGCACCUGAGGUAGUGAAGCAACAAGUAAAGAAGAAUCUAGAAACGCGUCAGAAGAAAAUGGAAAGGAAGAAGGCGGUUGCUAAGGGAGAAGCGAGCGCUGUGACCAGAGCGAGGAGGGACAACAGGGAGACGAUUAGGGAGAGUCACGGCCUUUGGGGAUGGGACGAAUAAAAAUUUAUAUUUA